AUGUACUGCAAAGCAGAAAAUAGGGCCCACGCUCUGGAGAAGAUCAGACUCCGGCAGCAGGCGUUGAAGGGCCAGAAUCAGCCGCAGCCCCAGAAAGAGCUGACCCCAGAGCAACGAGAACUGAUCGAGAAAAAUCGACAAAAAGCCCUGGAGCGGCGCCGUAUCCGCGAGGGAAUGGAAAAGGGGAAUUACCGGGUUGCAGAUCAGUCGACAUACACACCAGACGCUCCUGGUGGCGGAAUCGAAGGUGCAAAAAAAGGCGGCCACAACCAUGUGCAGGAGCGCAUUAGGCCGUCUGUGAAGAAGGCAGACUACAUUGAGUACGACUUCAGCACGAUGCAGGACACCUAUGGAGGAUUUCUGUCGGACGCAGACCGCAAGGGGGCCGGAGAAACGGAUAAAACCCUGGAACAGUGGCAAGAAGAACAAAAGAACCGGCCCUUGGUCGAGCCUGCUCCGCCGUUGGACAUUGCGAAUGCUCCGAAGUGUUUUGAAUGCGGCUCCAUCGAACUGAACCGGAACUUGCUUCAAACUUUUGGCUGUCGCGUGUGCAAGAGCUGCGAAAACAAAUACCCGGAGAAAUACUCUCUACUGACGAAAACAGAGUGCAAAGAGGACUAUUUUUUGACCGAGCCCGAGCUCGCGGACGAAACGCUGUUCAAAAGGCUGGUCAAAGCCAACCCGCACAGCGGAACUUACUCGAAAAUGCAGCUUUUUCUGAGAUACCAGAUCGAGGAGUACGCGUUCAAAAAAUGGGGCUCUGCGGAGAACCUGGACAAGGAGUGGCUUCGACGAGAGGAAAUGCGCGUCAAGCGACGCGACAAGAAGUUCAACACGCGUCUUCGCGAGAUGAGGAAGAAGAUGCGGGCCGAAGAGUUUACGCGGAAGUUACGCGGCGAGCGCAACGCAAGACACGAGCACCACUGGAGCCGAGGAGAGCCCACGGGAGAACCCGGCAUGGUGCGGCGUCGUUGCAAGGACUGUGGGCUCGAAAUCGAGGAGAUUCAAAUGUAA